CCAGGGAACACUCGCCUCCCCAGCUUUGUCAGCGCGCGGCCGCGUUGUCGUCACUUCCGCCCGGUUGGGAUCCGCAAGAUGGCUGCUCUGUUGUUGAGAUAUGCUGGUCGUCAUUGCCUCCGUGCCCACCUAAGCCCCAGGCUCUAUGUCAGAAAUGCUAUCCCUCUGGGAACAACAGCUAAGGAAGAGAUGGAACAUUUCUGGAACAAGAACGUCAAUUCAAAUCGUCCUUUGUCACCUCACAUCACCAUUUAUAGCUGGUCUCUGCCUAUGGCGAUGUCCAUUAUCCACCGAGGCACUGGUGUGGCCUUGAGUGCAGGAGUAUCCCUUUUUGGAUUGGCAGCCCUGUUGCUCCCUGGGAAUUUUGAGUCCCACUUGGAACUUGUAAAGUCCUUGGGCCUGGGACCAACUCUGAUCUACAUGGCCAAGUUUGCUCUUACCUUCCCGCUUACGUACCACACCUGGAAUGGAAUCCGACACUUGAUGUGGGACCUAGGGAAGGGCCUGAAGAUUCCUCAGCUCUACCAGUCUGGAGUAGUUGUCUUGGUUCUCACCGUGUUGUCCUCUGUGGGACUAGCAGCCAUGUGAGGGGAUCAUAUAUCUCCCAUCUCCUCUGAUGAAGUAUCCAUUUUGCCUUCUCCCUUUCCUUCAGCCACCCUUUCCUUCAGACCAGGGCAGAGUCUUUCUGCUUUGCUUAGAUCUCAAUAUGUCUGAAGAACUUGUUAGAGUCUGGGUCAUGAGUAUUGGAGUUGUGGGAGAAGUUCCGACAUUCUCCUCCGUAAAGAAGCUGCAUGAUAAGACUCCCAAACUCUUCCUCUUCUCCUGUCUCUGCCCUCCCACCCCCUCCAACUACCUUUCUUGCUGUGGGUUUGCCCUCUUUCCUCAGGCCUCCUCCGUCCCUCUCCACAUCGGACUUUGACUUGUGCUAAGGGUCAGCUGUUGGCUGCCCCAUCCUGAGGCAGUAGAAACAAUGCCAGCUCUGUGGCCUCUGCCUUAGGGUUGGGGAGAAAGGCUUUGAGUGCCAGUGACCGUGGGCUGCUGGCUUAAAGGACAAGGCUAUCCAUUGGAAAUGACCCAGAGUCCUAAACCACCCACACUUCAAGAGAAAAAGGAACCAGCCUAUCUGGGUGGGUGCAGGGAGAGAAGGAAGGAGGGUGAGUUGGCUCCCUGGAGGCUGCAGAUGCUUUGUGGGGAGAGGGCAGACAGCUCUCCUGGCCCAGGAAAGGAUUCAGAAGAUUCUCAGUCAACACAUUGAAAGUUCUCUCUUUUCCUGGCACUUUGAGAAAAACAAACCUCUUAAUUUCAUAUUUUCCAAUAAAAAUUCAUGUGACAUCUUUUUCUCUAAUUAAAUUAAAAUCACCAACCCUGUCUAUUUUUCUCCUUGAGAUCUAGAGAUAAGGAAUAAGGACUGGGGAGGUGCCAACUGUCUCCAUCUUCCAGCCGGGAAAGCAUUUGUUCUGUAAAGAGUUUCACAUUAAAUGAAAAAAGGUACAGCAUGAUAUUAUAUCUCAUGCAGCUCCAAGUAUUGAAGGGGGAGGGGAAAGAAUCCUGGUUUGCUACAAGCCUCCAAACUCUAUGGCAGACUGACUGUAUGUUACCCCUUGUUAAGAAAAGGUCCAGAGAAGUGGACAGGGGCCUGAGGGAAGUGGAGAGCUGAGAGCACAGAACACAGACUUUUGGGAGAAGAGAGGAGAAACUGAAGCUCUAGAUGGGGAAUUAAAAUUUAAUGGGGAGAUAAUAUUCACCAUAUAUAUCUGGAAGGUUCCUGUAGCCCUGGUUCCCUGAAUUUUAAAUAUAUUUUUAUUAUUUCAUUAAUUUUUUAUGAUUUUUAGCAAUCAGUUUUUAAAUUUUGAGUUCCAGAUUCUCUCCCUCCCUCCUGUCUCCCCCCAUCUUGUGAAGGCAAUUUGAUAGCAAUUAUACAUGUGAAGUCAAGCAAAACAUUUCCAUAUUAGCCAUACUGCAAAAGAAAACACAAAUAAAAAAUUUAAAAUGAAAAAA